AAGGUGUGGUCCACAACAGUGGAGACUAGUUUCAAUGUGCACAGACUCUUGAUGUUGUAACUGCCCAUCCUCGCUACUACAAUUCGAAGGCAAAGUCACACAUAUUUCCCGUUUUGAUGCUGCUUUGAUUCGAGUUCAGAAUGAGGACGGAAGUGGGGAAUUCCUCCAAGGAAUACAGAUUGGUCGGGUUCGAGUUAUCUUUUCUCUUCCAACUCGGAAUCUGGAAACCAGAGCCUCAUACGGGCUUGUAUCGUGCCAACCCACAGCUUUGCAAAGAUGGAUCUCGCGCAACUUCGGGAGGAAGUGUUCCAUCUAGUUGGACACAUGAGUCCGUAUUGGAUGAAAGCCCAUCUUUCCUACUUAGUUCUUUUAAAGAUAUCCAUAAGUAUGUACUUUAAUAUGUCUUGAUCUGUCUGUGUUGUUUGGUUCUGAGUGCUUGAACAUUUCCUGCCUUCUACUUCUAUUCCUACUACAUCCUUGUUUUCUAUGCAUUCAGCCUAUCAGACCUCAGUAUCUUGUCAACAAUAUAACUAUAUGGCUCUCGAAU